CCAGAGCCAAUCACAUUAAGUAAUGGUCAGUGACGUACCUGACGGAGUUUGUCUGAUCGUUGUUUCUAAAUCGUGUAGUCACUGUAAAGCUAGCGGCAGGGAAAUAUAAGAAGAUUUAUCCAUAUACCAACAGAAAAAAAGCAAAAGCCUUUCAACAUGUCUAUAAUGUCGUAUAACGGGGGGGCCGUCAUGGCCAUGCGGGGGAAGAAUUGUGUGGCGAUCGCAGCGGACCGCAGGUUCGGCAUCCAGGCUCAGAUGGUCACCACAGACUUCCAGAAGAUCUUCCCUAUGGGGGAGCGGCUGUACAUCGGGCUGGCCGGUUUGGCGACGGAUGUUCAGACAGUAGCUCAGAGGUUAAAGUUCAGACUGAACCUGUACGAGCUGAAGGAGGGACGCCAGAUCAAACCCAAAACCUUCAUGAGUAUGGUGUCCAACCUGCUGUACGAGAGGAGGUUUGGACCAUACUACAUCGAGCCGGUGAUUGCUGGACUCGAUCCCAAAAACUUUGAGCCAUUCAUCUGCUCUCUGGAUCUGAUCGGCUGCCCCAUGGUGACAGAGGACUUCGUGGUGAGCGGCACGUGCUCGGAGCAGAUGUACGGCAUGUGCGAGUCUCUGUGGGAGCCUGACAUGGAACCAGAGGAUCUGUUUGAAACCAUCUCCCAGGCGAUGCUGAAUGCCGUCGACAGAGACGCCGUGUCUGGAAUGGGCGUCGUCGUCCACGUCAUAGAGAAAGACAAGAUCACCACACGAACCCUGAAAGCCAGGAUGGAUUAGUUUCUGCACCCGCUCUUACUUUUUGUAAAAAGAUGAUAAAAAAAAAAUACCUGUACCGUCUGAUUUCUUACUGACGUGGUUCAAUAAAAGAACAGAUUUAAAUCAGGAA